AGACUCAUCCAUAUCUACCACUCACAGGCCAGGGACCUAUCUGGCUGGUUCACAUACAAUCCUGGCUCGGUUCAUUGGUUCUGUGCCAGUAACCAAACUUUGGUCCAACUCUCUACAACUCGGUCGUUCAGCCGCCAAUACAUUCUUUGAUCCGCAUCCUACUAGUAAUAUUGGAUACACCAAUAUCCAAGUCGCUGUUACUACUGGUAGAAGCUCGAUAGGCCUCAAUUCAUACGAGAUGGUACAGACAUACGGUGUCGCUGCUCACAAUGACGGUGACUCUACAGACCUGCCUGGGGAUGCAAAUAAUUAUGUACCCGGAGACAGCGAAGCCAGUGCGCUUUUGGGCGGCGAGGUCGUGGUCAAGCGGAGAGAAGGAAGGGCAAGCCAUGUCCUCUGCUGGAGUAAUUCCAGGGAUGAUUACUUGCAUAUUCUCUGGUUCGGUCGCCGCAUUCGGCCUUUACCUACUCUCAUUGUGUGCACAAAGAGCCCCGGACAGAAGGUCUUCGUUCUUUGCUGUUGCGCAACUCACCUUUCCAAGAGCGGCUAUAUUUUUUGAUGCCGCGAUCGCUACCAAAUGUUUCGGUGUUUCUAUCAGCUACUUGAUUAUUAUCAAGUCACUUAUGCCAAGCGUCGUGGCCUCGUUGUAUCAUGACCUGACGUCUCCAGACACAAAUCCCCCCGACUGGGCACUAUCAGGCCGUAAUUGGAUAACUAUCUUCAUGUUGGUACUAGUGCCCCUCGCUUUUCUCCGCCACCUCGACAGUCUUCGACACACAAGCUAUAUAGCUAUGUUUUCGGUCGUAUAUCUCGUGAUCAUAGUGAUCACUUGCUACUUUGAUCCACUCGAGGGCACUACGCCAGCUGGUGAAAUCCAUCUAAUACAUUUCACACCGAGCUUUGUUUCGACGUUCCCUGUACAAGUCUUUGCCUUUACCUGUUCACAGAAUUUGUUCCCCAUCUUUAAUGAAAUCACUACCAACUCGCAGAAACGUAUGAAUAUAGUUAUUGGGAGCUCGAUUGGAAGCGCUAUCUUGACAUACGAGGUCAUCGCAGUAUUUGGGUACCUCACAUUUGGUUCCAACGUUGGCGCGAACAUCAUAGCCAUGUAUCCAUCAACGUCAUUGUUCAUUGCCGUCGGCCAAUUAGCUAUCGUAGUUCUCAUCCUAUUUUCAUACCCUCUGCAAGUACACCCCUGUCGUAAUUGCCUAGACAAGGUAUUCUAUGCUGCGACUCCUAUCAAACACACAAGCGGCGGCGACGCUGAGGAUGAGGAGGUUGUCGACGACCAUGCGGGUGCAGAGAUGACGCUGUUCAAGCAUACGGUGCUAACCACAGCCAUCAUCGCGAGUGGAUUCCUGGUUGCCUACUUUGUUGAUGAUUUACAGAUGGUGCUCUCAUUUGUCGGAUCGACUGGGUCGACGACUAUAUCGUUUAUCCUGCCUGGUCUCUUCUUCUGGAAGCUCUCGCGCGAUGACCCAAGUGUGAGCAGAACGCUUAACAGAGGUGCUUUAGCCCUGGCAUUUUAUGGCAGCUGCAUAUUCGUAUUUUGCCUGAGCUUCAACAUAUACCAAGUGGUAAAGCCUCCCACAGCGACGGGGGAUGUGAUGCAUUAAGGAGCUUGUAUGAUACAGUAGUAACCUGCAUGUACACGCACGAACACAUAUUGUGGGGUAUUAUAAUGAACAGGGUGACAUAUGGCCUU